UCGGCACUCAGAUCCCCCUUGGAGCAAACUCAUUGUUGUACACGUCCAAAAGUGAGAUUUUUUGUCGGGUGUUUAGUUUUGAAAUUCACAAAAACUAAAAUCAGGACAGAAAAUAUAAAAAACAAUUUUCGGAAUAUAUUCGUCGAGUAUGGGCACCUUUAAGUUUCUGGCAGCCGUUUCGGCCUUCUUGUUCGCAGGCUAUUGCGUCUAUUUUGACCACAAACGGCGCAGCGAUCCCGACUUUAAGAAGAAGCUCCACGAGCGCCGUCUUCGCCGCCAGGGCAAUAUGUUGACACCAACAUCUGCCCCCGUGCACCUGGACGAGAAGGAGAUAGAGAUGUACUUCAUGACGCAGAUUCAUAGGGGUGAGGGCCUCAUCACGAACGGCGACAUCGAAGGGGGCUUGGACCACCUGAUCAAUGCGAUUCUGGUGUGCAGCCAGCCGGGAAAGCUGCUCCAGGUUCUGCAGUCAACUCUUCCAGCGGAAAUCUUCACAAUGAUGCUCAUCAAAAUGCACGCCUACGAGGCAGCCGAACGCAAUGCCGCCGUCGUUGUGGACGAAGAAGGUAUCAACGCUCUUGAAUAGGCAGCGGGGUUUAAAAAUUAAAAGUCAUAUUUCGGUUCGUUGUUGAAUAA